AUGAAUGCAAAUUUGGAUUCGGAUUUCAUUACUAUUAUCAACUGUUUGUCACAAAUAUUUGAAUCCAAUGAAAACAACAGAAUUCUUUUGAUCAAAGAAAUCGGAAUUUCUCUCAGAAAAUUUUGCCAACUUGAAUUACUUUUGACAAAAAGUGACAUCAGAUAUCUCAUUUCUCUUAAGAAUUCUGACACUUUACAUGAUCAAAUCAACACAGAGAUUGUCAAGCAGUUUGAACGUAAUAAAGCAAAGAGAAGUGAUGUUUCUGUUUUCCAGAAAAGACCAGGAUUUUCUGACAAUUUUUAUCCAGAAAAUUUCUAUUAUUUGUGUGAUAAUUACACAUUUAUUCAUUCCCCUGAUAAGAACAAUUACACGUUCAUUGACUGUCCAGGAUGUGUCCAUUCUGCUUAUUUCACAAUGAUUUUUGAUAUGGUUUAUCCAAACAUGAAAUUAAAGAUUUAUCAAAACAAAAUAGUCAUUGAAGACCAAAAGAUGCGAAACAUGAUUGAAAAAACAGUUAAAGACAUUGCCUCCAUCAUGCCAUUUGUUGGUGAAACAUUGUUUGCUAUCGAAAUCAUGAAUAACAUCAGUUUGGAAUUGAUUUCAAUUGGCGAUCAGUUUUUCACAAGACUUCUUGAAACAAAUUCACUUUUCUUCUACAAAUUUGAUAAGCAUGCGAUCUAG